AGUUGAAUUUACACAUCAGAGAUAUGGCUGGACUUGACCAUGCCGUUGACAUUUUUAUAUUGGUGGGGUAUUUUGUUCUUGUUAUCGUGGUAGGAAUAUGGUCAACAUGGAAAAAAGAAAGAAACACAAUCAAAGGAUACUUUUUGGCAGGAACAUCGAUGACAUGGUUGCCGAUUGGUGCCUCACUGUUUUCCAGUAACAUUGGGAGUGAACAUUUUAUCGGUCUAGCAGGUAGUGGUGCGGCCUCUGGUAUUGGUGUUGUAGCUUUCGAAUGGGGAGCCGCUAUUUGUCUUCUUCUGCUAGGAUGGGUGUUCCUACCGGUCUACCUUAGCUCUGGUCUAUACACUGUUCCAGAAUAUCUCUACAGACGUUUUGGAGGCAGCCGUUUGCGGUUGUAUAUGAGUGUUUUGGCUAUGAUUUUGAAUAUAGUCUCGAAAAUUUCGGUAGACGUCUACGCAGGAGCACUGUUUGUGAAACUGGCACUGGGAUGGAACACGUAUCUGUCAAUUAUAUUCCUUCUGGGUAUAACAGCAGUGUAUACCAUAGUAGAUACCGCGUUUUACGAAAAUGUGUUACCGGCCUAA